UAAGUUUUUAUUUUAAUCGGUGUUUGAAGGUGAGUUAUUUCUUCGUUUCAUUUUUCUUGCAAAUCAAUUAGUGUUCAACGACUUAUUUGAUACUGAAUAAAUUAUUUAUACAUAUUACUAGUAUGUUCUUAACGUUUUUAAUGAAUUUAAUUUCCUAUCCGUAUACUAUGAAAGAUUUUGAAAAUUUAAUCACGUUUCUUUUGAACUUUUUAGAGUGAGUUGCUUCACUUUUUGAUUAUUGGUUAGUUUGGAGGGUUAUCUUUGAUUAUUUUUUUCCUAUUUGUUUUGUUAUAUUUUUCUUGAGCCGAGUGUCUAUUGAAUAUUUUCACCAGAUCUCUAUAUUGUGAAAUUACACUUGAUAUAUUAUUGUUGUAGUUUUACGCAAGGUAGGUUAGUUAAUUGAUAUAUAUAUAUAUAUAUAUAUCCAAUUUUUAAGGUGUAUACGAAUUUAAAUAUUAUAUUUUUUUUAGCAAUUGAAUUCUUGAUGUUUCACAAUUUUAUUGAAAAUUUGCCUUCUAAAAAUUUGAUUUUUUUUCUUUGUUUUCAGCUCUCUGAUUGUCCAAUCAGCAAACGACGAUUUCUAUUUGGAUUAUAAAUUAAAGUUUUUUCAUAUACAACAAUAUACAUGGUUGAUACAAAUUUUGAAAUUCCAACUUCUUUUGAUCCUGAGGACCAAAUCCCAAGGAGUUUCGAUCCGUUCGCGGAGUCGAAGGACUUAGGUACCCGUGGAACAAAUAAAGAGUAUGUCCAUAUUCGUGUACAACAAAGGAAUGGUAAAAAAAGUUGGACAAUGAUUGAAGGUCUGAAUAAGGAUAUUAAUUGCGAAAAAUUACUUAAAGACCUCAAAAAAGAGUAUUGCUGCAAUGGGACGAUUAUCCAUGACAAGGAACUUGGAAAAGUGAUACAAUUACAGGGCGAUCAACGCAAAAACGUAUCACAAUUCCUUCACAAGGCUGAUAUUGUUAAGAAGGAACAAAUCAAGGUUCAUGGUUUUUAAAAGUUUUAUAGGCAUAAUAUUGUGUUUUUGAGGGAUUUUUUGCUAUUUAAUUGUGUUGGUUGUUGUUUUCUCUUUGAGAUUUUAUAAUGAAACUUUAUUCCAUUAA